CAUCUCUUACCUAUAUAUACACAACAAAUAUCUCUUUCACACACUCCUUUUAGAACUGUCGAUUCAUAAGAUAUAAUCCAAUUGGUUUUGUGGGUUUUACUCUGCAAGUGAAAAAUGGCUCUCCAAGCUGCUUCAAUUGUUGCUUCUUCCUUCUCCAUCCCCAAAGAGGGCAAGAGUUGUGCAUCUUUUAAGGAUUCAAGUCUCUUUGGGGUUUCACUAUCAGAUCAUGUCAAAGCUGACUUUAGCUCUUCUGCAUUGAGGUGCAAGAGAGAAUUUAGCAGAAGAAAUGGUGUUGUUAGAGCCCAAACAGUGGCAACAACAACUCCAGCAGUCAACAGGAGUGCACCUGAAGGGAAGAAAACCCUAAGAAAGGGCAGUGUUGUAAUCACUGGUGCCUCUUCUGGUUUAGGUCUAGCCACAGCAAAGGCUCUUGCUGAAACUGGAAAAUGGCAUGUGAUCAUGGCCUGCAGGGACUUCUUGAAGGCUGAGAGAGCCGCCAAGUCUGUUGGCAUGCCAAAGGAAAACUACACCAUUAUGCAUCUGGAUCUUGCAUCCCUUGACAGCGUUCGCCAAUUCGUAGACAGCUUCAGGCAAUCGGGGAGGCCACUUGAUGCUUUGGUGUGCAAUGCUGCUGUUUACCAGCCAACUGCCAAGGAACCUGCAUUUACUGCUGAAGGAUUUGAACUUAGUGUUGGAACUAACCAUCUUGGUCACUUCCUCCUAUCGCGGUUGCUGCUCGAGGACUUAAACAAAUCUGACUAUCCAUCAAGGCGUCUCAUCAUUGUCGGCUCUAUUACAGGGAACACAAACACUUUGGCUGGGAAUGUACCUCCAAAGGCAAAUCUUGGGGACAUGAGGGGGCUUGCAGGAGGCUUGACUGGGCUAAACAGCUCUGCUAUGAUUGAUGGUGGAAAUUUUGAUGGUGCCAAGGCCUACAAGGACAGUAAAGUCUGCAACAUGCUCACAAUGCAAGAGUUCCACAGGAGGUUCCAUGAGGAAACUGGUAUCACAUUUGCCUCUCUUUAUCCGGGCUGCAUUGCCACAACAGGCUUGUUCCGGGAGCACAUACCCUUGUUCAGGCUACUUUUCCCUCCAUUCCAGAAAUACAUCACCAAGGGCUAUGUCUCCGAAGAGGAAUCCGGGAAAAGACUUGCGCAGGUUGUGAGUGAUCCUAGCUUGACAAAAUCUGGAGUUUACUGGAGCUGGAACAAGGACUCUGCUUCAUUUGAGAACCAGAUGUCUCAAGAAGCUAGUGAUCCGGAGAAGGCUCGUAAAGUAUGGGAGAUCAGCGAAAAACUUGUCGGGUUGGCCUGAUUUCCAAACCUCAAACACUGCAUCUUUGCUGAGGGCAGAGAUUGGUAUCGGCUGAAAAAUCUGAGUCCAUUUGUGAGCGUGUGGAGUUUGGAAUAGAAAUGCUGUGCUUGUUCUUGUAAAACAAUUUUCUGUAGGGUGGAUGAGUUCUGAAAGUUUCAAUUGACAAUAAGAUUACUCACUCAACCUUCUCUGUGUA